CAUAGCCUGGUGUUCCUGACUGGCCUCACCGUGGAAGCACAUGUAACAAUCAUGUUCAUUCUGAUAGCGUGUUUCUUGUUGUCCGUUGGGGUUGAAGUAGGUACAUCCAGGUGUCCCUCAACAGCGCCACUUUACUUCCCCAACCCUUGGAACAACUGUAUUAGUGCACAGGAAUGUCGAAGAAAGUCAUUUGUGAUCUACGGGAGAACAUGCGUGAAUUCCUGUCCACCCGGGACGUUUUACCAACAGGAAACUUCCACCUGCUACAACACGUGUCCUGUACAUACUAUCAGGAUAGGAUCACGUUGUUUGAAUGGGACAUACUGCGUGUCCAACAACAACCAGGUUCUGUUUAAUGGUACAUGUGUGCCAGCCUGCCCUUCGUCCGCGCCUUUCACGAAAGAUGGGGUUUGUCGUAAGGAAUGCCCAGCUGAUACUGUAACAAAUACGUCCGACUGUGUGUCUCCAUCAGACUGUGUGGAAAGGGGAUAUUUCAUAGACAACACAACAUGUGUUAAAGCUUGUCCUCCUGAGAAACAGUCGAUUCUACAAGGUGUCUGUCAUUCUUCAUGUCCACCUGACAAAUCUGUCACGGUAAAUGGAACAACAUGUCUGUCAAAACAGGAAUGUACUGACAAGCUGAGUCAUUUCAUAUACAACUAUACCUGUGUUCCCGAUUGUCCACCUACAGCUAUGUUCAGUGACCAGGGGUCAUGCACAACACUGUGCCCGAAAGAGAAAUAUGUUCUUGGGACUCACUGCAUUUUGGUCACUGAAUGUGUCAGCCGGAAUAGCGUUAUUUUCCGAAAUGAAUGCAUCGCCGCUUGUCCUGCUGAAGCCCCUUAUGCCAUAGAUAAUGCCUGCUACUCGACAUGCCCAACGGACUACGUGUUUAAUGAUGAAACAUGCAUAGGUUUACAACAUUGCAUAUCUACUGAUGACCUCUUUAAGGUGAUAUUCAACAAUACCUGUGUUGACUCUUGUCCGCAGGUAGCACCUUUAAACCACCAAGGAAUGUGUGUACAAAGUUGUCCAGAUGACACUGUAGUUGCAGACAUGCAAUGUGUUGACUCUUCUAUGUGUUUACACAGCAGUAGGUAUAUAUCCAACGGAACAUGUGUAUCUGAGUGCCCAGGACGAUCGCCGUACGUAGCCAAUGGCUACUGCUACCCUGCCUGUCCUAAAUACUUUGUUGUCAGUACCCCAGGGCAGUUCCAGUGCAUUAGCGAAUCUGACUGUGUAACGAUGAAGAAAAUGGUGUUCAACAGAACAUGUACAGCAGCAUGUCCAAAGGAAUCUCCAUACACCAGGUCAGGCCACUGCUACCCUGCCUGUCCUAAAGACUUUGUUGUCACUACCCCAGGGCAGUUCCAGUGCAUUAGCGAAUCUGAAUGUGUAAAGAUGAAGAAAAUGGUGUUCAACAGAACAUGUACAACAGCAUGUCCAAAAGAAUCUCCAUACACCAGGUCAAGCCACUGCUACCAAACCUGCCCACGGGAAACAGCCAGUUUGCCUGAUAUGAAGUGUGUAAGUUAUCAAGACCGCAGGACGCGAGGGAACUUUGUGCAUGAAUCCAAAUGUCUACAUGAAUGUCCAUCAGCGAAGAAGUCUUCCUGUCGCCGGCACCUGAAACGUCACAAGAAAGCCGGGAUGGAGGAGGUGCAGAUCCGGAAUGAGCAGUUUGUAAAUCCAGGCCGUGUGCUGCUGCCUCGUGCCACUGCGCCUGCUGGCUGUCCUUCCGCAGCAUCUUCUGCCGAGGUCACACACUUCGAUCGCGAUUCUACUCCUCCACCAGCUCCGUUGUCACCAGGAAGGAUCCGCCUCAGGGAACUGGAGAAGGAACGAAGACAUUCCCUUCCAUCACGCCGCCGGUCUCUGGAGGAACGUCAGGAUGAGGAAAUAAAACUGAUGGAAGCCAUGUCAUCACCACGGGAAUGA